AUGAAGGUCCUCAUCAUUGGAGCAGGUCCGGCUGGAUGUGCCUUAGCACACGGACUCAAGAAGGCUGGCAUCUCCAAUCGUAUAUUCGACAAAGGCGAGGAUGUUUAUCGACACCGCCAUUGGGCAUUUACCCUGGGCUGGGCACGGCCAUACCUUUUGGGCCUCCUACCAGAUGGGAUCGGUGCUCAACUAGAUACGUGUGCUGUCGAUCCAAGCAUCGACUGCGCAGCAAUUGGAGAAGACAGGAUUGUGCUCUACAACGGACAGACUCGGGAAGAAGCAUUCGCCUUCCCCAUUCCCAGGGCGAAAGAAAUGAACAUCAGAAAAUUGCGCAUACUGCUUGCAGAGAGCCUCGAUGUACAGUAUGGGAAGAAGUUCAGCCGCUACGAGAUGAUUAAAGAUGGUGGAGUCAAAGUGUUCUUCGAGGACGGGUCAAGUGAAGAAGGCGACAUCGUCAUCGGCAUCGACGGCGCAGGUUCAAAGGUCCGUCAGUGCCUGAUCGAUAUCGGAGCCACACAAGAAACGCUUCCCUUCGCACUGAUGAACUUCAACGCAUCGUACACAAAAGAGCAAGCUCUGUUCAUCAAAGAGCGUUUGCAUCCUCUCGUCGAUAUAGCAAUACAUCCCGCAGGCCAUUACAUCCGGGCCAAUGUGCUCGAUAUGCCGGACGUCGAUGACCCGACAACAUGGACGUUCCAGAUUUUGUCGACAUGGCCGCUGAAGAACGCCGAAGACUACGAUAAUGAGACGGACCGGUUGAGGAGGUUGAAGGCGCAUGUUGCAAGAGAUGGGUGGGCGGAACCGUAUAAGAGUGCGAUUGAGUGGAUACCAGAAGAUACGCCUGUGCUCAAGGAUCAGUUGAAGAUCUGGAAGACGCAACCGUGGGAUAAUCAGGGCGGGAGAGUCACGCUGUGUGGCGACGCAGCGCAUGCUAUGACGUUCCAUCGAGGCCAAGGAGCAAACAACGCCUUCUUCUCCGCCCACAGUCUCGUCGAAGCCCUGAAAUCUGUACACAACGGAACCGCGACACUGAAAGGCGCAUUAACCGCGUACGAUGAAAGCAUCUGGAAGCGCGGCGCAAACGAAGUGCAGAUCUCGAAAUCUCAGAGCUUCUACACUCACGACUGGCCAAACUUCAUCAACAGCCCUGUCAUGACAUUAGGCACAAAACCGAGCCAUGCAGCAAAGAGCGAAGGAUACCAGUAA